UUUGAUAAAGAAGAACCAUCAGCGGAAGUGUUUUCUGCAUGACAGAUUGUCAUCACUGAUAUGAGAGGGUGUUUUUCAAAAAAAUAGUUUUUAGGUGCUUUUUUAGGAUUUCUUGUUUUAGUAUGAUCGUUAAUUACAGUAGCAGCAGCUCUGAAGAGGAAGCUGAACGAGAUGACGCUUCGCCUCCUCAGAAAAGAACAAAACCUGACUCUGAAACCAGGGGCGAGCAUGUGGAUCAUGGAUCUCUUCAAAAGAAAGGCACCUUGACGCGUCGUCUGCCCCUGCCCGAGUCUGUCAGGGAGAUGUUCAGAGAAUCAGAGGAGCAGUGGACUGAUAACAGUGAAGAAGAACAUGGAGGAAGACUGCGCUCCUUCCAACACGAGAGGGGAAACUGGGCCACAUAUGUGUACUUUCCUUAUGACCCAGAAGAGGGAUUCCUGGAGCUGCUUGAUGAUAUGAUAGUGGCUGCAGGUGCUCACGGCAUUCCUCUGACCCUGUGUGAAGAGUUUCAUAUCAGUAUCUCAAAGACGGUGGUUUUGCGACAUCACUGGAUCCAGCCAUUUGUUCAGUCCAUUCGGGCCGGGCUGACACAGUUUCAGAAGUUUUUCUGCUUGGCUGAUAAACUUAGGGUGUAUUGUAAUGCUGAAAAGACAAGGACUUUCCUUAGUAUGGAAAUCUCCACUGGGAAAACGCAGUUGCUCGAGCUCAUUAAAAUAGUGGAUCAAACCAUGAAUGAAUUCAACCUUAGCACCUUUUAUAAGGAUCCAUCUUUCCAUGUAAGUCUCGCCUGGUGUGUGGGUGAUCACGCAGAAAGACUGAAAAGGACAUGUUUAUCAGAACUGCAGGGUUUUGUUGACAGACAUGAAGAUGGUCCAUUUCACAUACAACUAAACUGCAGCGAGGUCCGCUGCAAAUCUGGAAAUAAAGUUUUUCAGUUUCCCCUCGAGUAAAACGCACAUCUUUAG